GACCCUAAUAUGAGUGAAAUAGUCAACAUUCCAGGAGUCAAGCUAGCAUAUAAAAGGAUGGCUUUUGCUGUCCUCGGCAUCGAGCAUCAGCGCUGCAAAGAUGGCAUUUACUCUUGUCGUGUUCUUCGGCCUUUGUGGGAUCAGUGGACUGUUGACUGGAGCCUGGUCUUGGCCUCAUCAUCAUCAUCAUGAUCAUCAUGACAUAGAUGGCUGCUGUCCUCAGGGCUGGACUCAGGUGGAUGAUCACUGUUACAUCUUCCAAUCUGAAGUCAGGACUUUUGCAGAUGCAGAGAGUGUUUGCAACACUCUUGGCGGGAAUCUGGCCUCCAUCCACAGUUACCUGGAAAAUCUGGCUGUUGCGGGACUGAUUAAAGAAGGGGGUGCGGACUAUGCUUGGAUUGGACUCCAUGAUGCCAUUAAGAAAGGUGACUAUAUUUGGACUGAUGGCACCAACGUUGAAUUCCUCAACUUUGCUCCCGCAGAGCCUAACGGCACUGGUGCCUGUGUUGAGCUUUACGUAGCUGAUCUAACAUUUUUUGAUGAGGACUGCACCAUAUUCCACCCGUAUGUUUGCACCAGCGAGACCUACUGUGGCCACCACUAAUCAGACCUCCUACCAGCAUCUUCUGGAACAAUGUCUUUCAUUGACCACCAUGACUCCACUCAGUCCAUAUCAAACUUUACUGGUGUCUUUGUA